AUGCCUCCACCAAAAAGAACUGAUGCUCAACCAGCAACAACAACUACCACCACUGUUAAGAAGGUAGUUUCUGCAACUAAUGAUGAUGUCUCUGGACCAGUCAUUGUUAUCGAUCUUGGAGCAUAUGAAACCAAAGUAGCCAUGUCAGAUAAACCUGAUCAAGUCAUUUCCUUCCCAACUGUUGUUGCCUAUCCACUUGAUAAACUUAAAUCACUUUCAGUUUCAGAUUAUCUCGUUGGAGAACAAGCUCUUAAAAAAGUUCGUACCAGCUCUAAAAAGAAAGAUUCAUCUGAAAGUUAUGCUCUCAGAUAUCCAAUUCAGAGAGGACUCAUUAUGGAUUGGGAACAAGUGGAAGCAAUUUUAACAUUUGCUUUCGAACAAGUUCAAAAAGAUCCAUCUCUCUUUCCAGUUGUAAUUGGAAUUCCUGGAAAUUUAAUGCCACAAGAUCAUAUUGAAAGUAUUGCUGAAUUAUUGUUUGAAAUUUUCAGAGUGAAACACAUUUACUUUGAUUUACCAAGUGUUUUAUCAUUUAGAGGUGUUUCUCAAAAGGAAAAGAAUGGAUUGAGUGUUGAAUCUGGAAGUGCAUUGACCUAUGUUACUCCAAUUAUUGAUGGAAAAGCUCAAUAUGGAUUAACACGUAAAUUUACCUUAUCUGGACAAGAUGCUACUAAAUAUACAAUUUCAAUUAUUGCUAAAUCUGGAUUUGCAAUUGAUGCUGCAGAUGAAUAUCGUGUUGCUCAACACAUAAAGACACAAAUGGCCUACACUUGUAAGAAUUUGAAAACUGAAUUCGAAUUGUUUGGAAAGAAUCCUGCCGAUUUCAAACAAGAAUUAGAAAUGAGUGGAGAAAAGAUGAAUCUCGAUAAGGAAUGUUUCCUCAUUCCAGAAAUUAUGUUUGAACCAAGCUUAACUGGUAUCACUCAAAGUGAAGUUUCCAAUUUACCUCUCACAAUAUUCGAAACUGCCAAAUUAGCUGCUGAUGAAGAUUUGAAUUUGUUAGGCAAAUUACUUUCCAACAUUGUCAUUGGUGGUGGUAAUUUAUUAUUUAAUGGAAUGUCUGAAAGAAUUGAAUCUGAAUUGAAAGAUAUUGUAAAGAAGAGCAAAGUUAAAGCAGCUGUCAAAGUUCAAGCAAGUCGUGGUGAAGAUUCUUUUGGACCUGUCAUUGGUGGUGCUGUUUGGUCUGAAAAGAAUGUUAAGGAUAUUGAUUGGUUGACUAGAAAUGAAUACAAACAAAGUGGUGUUACUAAAUUCUUUAAAUAA